GGGGACCCUGGGGACACCGGCGCAGAGGGGAGCGCGGUGGCCCCUGCCUCCCCGGUGUUGCCGGCGUCCAUCCCCGGCUACCGGCAUGAGGGACAACCUGCCCGGCUCACCAUCUCCGGCACGGCCACCCCUGCGGAGGCACACGGGGGCAGCAACUUCACCCCGGGCAGCGAUGACCAACCCUGCCCUUCUGCUGCCCCCCACGACCAAGCCCUUGGGGACCCGGCAGGCGACCUCACCGUGUCCGAGGAGGUGCCUCUCGAAGAGGCCCUGAGGCUCUUCGGCUGCUCCCCGGACACGGUGGGGGUCAGCCAGGACAGCCCCAGCAGCGGCCCCGUGCCUGGGGAGCUUGGUGGCACCGGCGCAGCCAUCCCCCCCUGCGACUUUGCCUGGCUCUCGCUGCCCGAGGAGCUGCUCACCCCCGACUACAGCGUCCCCGAGAUCACCGGCGCCAUCCUGAGCCUCGAGGAAUUCUACGGCAUCGGGAUGGAGCCCCGGGAGCCGUGGGGGGCUGCGGGGAUGGCCCUGCCACCGUCCCAGGCUGCCGCCUGCGAGAAGCGGGGCAAGAAGCGGGGGCAGAGCGCCUUGCCGAAGCCGGCCAGCAAGCGCAGGGCUCUGGCAGGCAGCACGGGGGUGGCA